AUGCCCGCCACCACGACCCUCUUCCGCGCCGCCCGCCCGGCCUUCCAGUCGUCCGCCUUCGGCACCACCCGCGCCGCCUACUCGCGCGCCGCCUUCCGCAACUUCUCCCAGUCCGGCCGCCGCUACCAGGGCGGUGCCUCCUCCGCCGCCGGCGAGGGCGCCGCCCACCAGCAGCAGUCGUGGUUCUCGCGCAUGUGGAACAGCCCCAUCGGCUUCAAGACGGUGCACUUCUGGGCCCCCGUCAUGAAGUGGGCGCUCGUCCUCGCCGGCGUCUCCGACUUUGCCCGCCCCGCCGAGAAGCUCAGUCUGACCCAGAACGGCGCCCUGACUGCCACCGGUCUGAUCUGGACGAGAUGGUGCUUCGUCAUCACCCCCAAGAACUACCUUCUCGCUGCCGUCAACUUCUUCCUGGGAAUGGUUGGUAUCGUCCAGGUCAGCCGUAUCGCCAUGUACCACCGCUCGCAGAAGAACGCUGGCGUCCUGCCCACCGCUGAUGAGAUCAAGGAGGAGGCCAAGGAGAAGGUCGAGGAGGUCAAGAACGCUGUCAAGUCGUAA